AUGGCAGGAGCAGCUGUCAUGAUGCGUGCAUGGAAUGAAUGGGGUAUCCAAGCUCUGGUGCUUCUCAGCUUCACGCUCCAGGUCUCGCUCCUCGUCUUGGCGGAGUUCCGCCGGCGCGUGGACUCCGGCGUGCUCAGGUUCUUCAUUUGGUCGGCGUACAUGAUGGCCGACGGGACCGCCAUAUACGUCCUCGGCCACAUGUCCGUGACCAGCAGGUUGCCCCAGCAUCAGCUGAUGGCGUUCUGGGCGCCGUUCCUGCUGCUGCACCUCGGCGGGCAGGACAGCAUCACCGCUUACGCCAUCGAGGACAACCGCCUGUGGCUGCGCCACCUGCAAACGCUCGUCGUGCAGGUGGCUGCGGCCGGCUACAUCCUCUACGAGUCCUCCAUCAUCAGCAGCCAUUCCUUGCUCUGGGGGGCCACCAUGCUCAUGUUUAUGGCCGGUGUUGUCAAGUACGGGGAGAGAGUGUGGGUGCUUACGUGCGCCGACAGCGGCCAGAUGGGAAAGAAUUACCGAACCCUUCAGGUAUCCAGCAGAGGUUUUGAAUGCUCUUAUUAUCUUGACAAGAUAAUUUCUACACGACCAUGGGACACAGAAGCAUACCUAUUGAUGGCUCACCGGAUGCUGGAGGUCCCCGGGAGUUGGUUGAAGGGGCCGCCGCCACAUAAUCUAUCUCAGUACCCUUUUGCUUCGGAUUUGCUUGGGAAUGGGAAGGAUGUGUAUAAGGUGGUUGAGAUGCAGCUCUCCCUGAUGCACGAUGUCUUCUACACCAAGGUAGAGGUGAUCCACAGUAGUUUGUAUGGCCUUUGCAUUCAUAUGCUCCCAGCUAUUGCCACCGCCGCCGCAUUCUUUCUGUUUCAGCUGCUGAUACUAGGUGGUCAUCAUCGCUACGACAAGCUAGAUGUGGCUGUCACUUAUGUCCUGCUAGUUGGGGCAGUCAUCCUGGAGACUGCGUCGCUGUUGCGGGCCAUGUUUUCGAGCUGGACAUGUCCUUUCCUGGUGAGAUGGAGUCGUGCUAAUCGCGGGAUGGAGGACAACACCGUGUGUAAUAACCUGGGCCGUACAAUUACGAGUCUCCGCCGGCUCGUGCACGCGGCGAAAUGGAGGAGGAGGUACUGGUCGGGCUCCAUGGGGCAACACAACCUGAUUGAGUUGAGCGCUGGCAGCAGGAGCAGCAAACGCAGCAAGAUCGCAAGAUGGAUGGGAGUUGAGGAUUGGUGGAACAUCAAGGCAUACUCGCGGUCCAUCCCCGUCCCGGAGCUCAUCCCGGACCUGUUGGUGAACCACGUGUUGAAGAUAAGAUCAGGUGAUGAUGAUGACCACAAUAAUCUUUUUGAUUCAAAGGGCCAAGCGGAGCUAAAGAGAUGGGGGCUGUACGAGCGCGGCCUGACCUGGAGCGUGGAGGAGCGGGUCGUCGUCUGGCACCUCGCCACUAACGUCUAUCUCAGCUGGCGGUGCGAGAAGACGAAGGCGGAGAACAGCUAUAAGGCCGAGGAGGCGGCGGUCCAGUCGCUCUCCAACUACAUGAUGUUCCUCCUCGCGGCACGCCCCUACAUGCUGUCUCCCACCGCCAGCCGCGACGCCUACGUCGAGAUGGCCUACGCUCUCACCCCCGCCGGUGGCCUGCGCUGCUGCAGCUCAGCCGAGGAGCUGACCCGCUUUCUACGGGCCUACGGGGAUGCUCCCGAGGAUGAACGUGGUGCGGUGCGACAUAAGCACGGUUCCAGUCUUGAUUUCACAACACAGCACCAUCUCCAGGCGGUGUUAGACACAGGGUGUGAGCUUGGCGCAAGGCUCAUCGGCAACGAGGAGUCGUCAUUACAAGACGAAGACGCAGCAGCAGCACCGGAGGACACGCUGGGCCUGAUCGCCCAGGUCUGGGUGGAGAUGCUGUGCCACGCCGGCAAGCAAUGCAGCGCGUAUUCUCACGCCCGGCAGCUCAGCAACGGCGGCGAGCUCGUCACCAUCGCCGCCCUUCUCGUGGAAUACACCACAAAACGUAUCCUAACGUUUCCUCGCUAAUAUGUGUGUCCGCAAACAUGUUGUGCUUUGUUUAGUUUCUCGACUUUUCAUGUAUCAAAACGUUCUGAUCGUGUGGGAUGGCAUGGCACACGACGGUGUGGAACGUGCCCCGUGCAUGGUGGAUCACGAUGAUCCCCUAUCUGUUUCCGUUUCGAAUAACCAGCAUAUUGCUC